AUGCUUUCUAUAAGUCCAACUCUGUCUUUCUCUGGAUAUGCUACCCAGCAGUAUUACUUUGUGGGUUUGGCUUGUACCAACCAUUUUCUAGUUGUUGGGAUGGGCAAUGAUCACUACAUUUGCCAUGCAACUCUCUUACCUACACACUCAUUGUCAGCUGAGCCACCUGCAUGGGGUUGGUUUUUCACCUCAACCCUCUGUGGUUUCCUGAUCUCUGUGGUUGUCAACGUCCUGGUGUUUAGUGUGCCCUUCUGUGCCUCCAAUCGGAUCAACCACUUUUUCUGUGACAUUUCCCCUGUCAUAAAACUGGGCUGCACAGACACCAACCAGAAGGAGAUGGUUAUCUUCUUCCUCAGCAUCCUGGUACUGCUGGUUCCCUUUGUGCUGAUCUUCAUCUCCUACGUCUUCAUUGUUUCCACCAUCCUCAAGAUCUCCUCAGUGGAGGGACAGCAUAAGGCCUUUGCCACCUGUGCCUCCCACCUGACAGUGGUCAUCGUCCACUAUGGCUGUGCUUCCUUCAUCUACUUGAGGCCCACAUCCCUGUACUCCUCAGACAAGGAUCGGCUUGUGGCAGUGACCUAUACGGUGAUCACGCCACUACUCAACCCUCUUGUCUACACACUGAGAAAUAAAGCAGGGAAGACUUCCCUGAGAAAGGUUCUCAGUAGAUACUUAUUUGCCAAAACUUUGCGCAUGAGUUGA